CUUUUUUUUCUUGGGAAGUUCUUCGAGAUAACGUGUCUAUAUGACUGUAUUUCCUGCGCUUGAAAAGUAACUUAGAUUUCAUUUGAAGUACUUUGGAAUGAGUUCUACGAGGUUGAAGCUGCCAUUUGAGGGGUUUCUCUCAUCCAAAAAUUGGAGGCUCUCUCUCUGUUCGUGGUGGGUGAAUGGCUGAAUGCAAACCUUGCUCUCUUAUUUGAGAAAGAAUACAAUGGUCAUGCACAACCAAAUUCUGAGAUGGCUGAAGAAACCAAAGGUACUAAAACUUAUAUGUCUUGCUUCAUCUGUUGUUGGACUGUUCUGUUAUGCUCUCAGUUCCUCUUUCAACCAUUUACUGGGAAACUGGAGCUGGUGGAAGAUGCUUCUUUAUAUUCUUUUCAGUUUCAUCAUUUGUCUAGCCAUCUUGUUCACACCGGCAAGGUCAAGUUCCUCCUCUCUCCGGCUGGAAUCUCAUGUGUCAUUUUUGGUUCUCAUAAUCACUUCUGUUUAUUCCUUUUUGUUUGAUAAUCUCGUGAAGGAUAAACCAGAUGCAUACAGCCUGGUCUCUUGUGCUGCUUUUGCUACCAUGUCACUUGGCUUGUCAAAUCUUACUCAAUUUGGAUUCCAGAUCGAUCUACUAUAUUUCUUCUGCGGAGGUCUACUAGUACAACUCAUGAAGAUCAAAAUGUGGUUAGUCAUUGUCGGAGGGUGUUUCAGUUAUUCCCUCCUCCAGCUUCGUUACUAUCCGAGCGACACAGACGGGGAGAACCUUCGGCUUGAGGACCACAAUCAAAUAAUUAUUAAAGUUAAUGAUUCAGGGAGUGUUAAUGCUGAUGUUGAUAGUACUCAAGGCACCUCACCAGAAGAUGGGGAUCUUAGAUUCCAAGGCCAUCUACUCACUCAAAGCAAUUCACCUUCACAAGAUGGAAGCGUUGAUGAUGGUCUUAUCAUCCAACAACAGCUCGUGAAUUGUAUAAAGGAGCUUGAGAAUGAGAAUCAUAUGCUUGUUUCCAUGGUUUGUAGUCACGUGGACAAAUACCUUAAAGCCGUGUUCUACUCCAAAGAAGUACCGGAUCCUGACAUCAACUUGGUGAUGAAUGCACUUCCAUCGGAAAUUAUGAGGCGCCUUAAGGAAACCGUGAAACUGAUGGUGGAUGCGGGUUUUAAGGAGGAAUGCAGCGACAUUUACAACAAAUGGCGAAGGGAGUUUCUUGAACAGUGUCUGCAGAAACUUGGGUUGGAAAUUGAAUUGCAAUUUGUAGAGCUCAAGAAACGGAAGAUUAUAAACUGGUUAGACACGUGCAGGGUAGCUGAGAAGAUACUGUUUCCCAAUGAAAGGAAACUCUGCGAUUACCUCUUUUCAGGGUUUUCUGUCGCUGCGGAUGUUUCCUUCGAUAAGUCACCAGAACAUCUAAGAAGUAAGUCACAACAAGCUAAUGCUGAUGUUGAUACUUCUCUUGGUACCUCACCAGAAGAUGGGGAUCUUAGCAUCCAACAACUCACGAACUGUGUAAAGGAGCUUGAGAAGGAGAAUCAGAUGCUUGUUCCCAGGNUUUGUAGUCAUGUGNACAAAUACCUUAAAGCCGUGUUUGACUNCAAAGAAGUACCGGAUCCCUACAUUAACUUGGUGAUGGAUUCACUUCCAUCGGAAAUUAUGAGGCACCUUAAAGAAACCGUGAUACUGAUGGUGAAUGCAGGUUUCACGGAGGAAUGCAGCGACAUUUACAUCAAAUGGCGAAGGGAGUUUCUAGAACAGUGUCUGCGGGAACUUGGGUUACAAUUUCAGAAGCCCAGCAAUGACGAUUUUGAGAAGUGGUUAAAAACGUGCAAGGCAGCUGCAAAGGUACUGUUUCCCAAUGAAAGGAGACUAUGCAAUUACCUCUUUUCAGAGAGACGUUUUGAUGCGGAUGUCUUCUUCGAGAAGGUUUACAAGAAACUGACGACUGAUCUACUGACUUUUGCCGAUAUCACCAUAACAACUGAGAGCCAUUUGCCGAAUCUUUUGUCCAACAUCGUCCCUAAAAUGUUGGAAUCAUUGCACGAGCUGAUAGGCGAGAUCUCAGCGAUGUGUUUUCCAAAAUUGUCAUGCGUACCUGAUCUUGAAGGGUUUUGCAAAAAAUUGUCUAUUUUAUGCAGUUUGAGGAAUACUAUUUACACUAAUAAUGUGCAGGCACCUGUUACCCACGGAGGGCUUCAUCUGAUAACUUGGGAAACAAUGAACUACAUCCUUGAUAAUUCUAACAACAUCGGAUAUUCUUCAUUUUGGGUUGUGUUAGGAAGGAUGAUUGAGUUGUUAGAGAGCGAGUUGGAAGUAAAGUCUAAAGACUACUACGCUGAUCCCGCAUUAGGCUAUAUUUUUAUGAUCAAUAAUCUCAGCUACAUAGAACAAAAGACCCGUGAUUUAAAAUUCCACGAUGAUUGGUUUCGACAAAACAGAGCAAAGUUGGAACAAAAGUGCAACCUGUAUCUAAGAGGGUCGUGGAAUAAGAUGGUGGAGUUUUUGAAGGUUGAGACAAAGGAGUGGGCGGAAGCUCAUGUGGUAGCGGAGUUAAUGAUAGAAAAGAUUCGUUUGUUCAACCUGCACUUUGAGGAGACAUGCACAAUUCAAUCUACAUGGACGGUCUCUGAUAAACAACUGAGGGAACGAAUAAUAAAAUCCAUUGAAGGGUUCUUGUUGCCAGAAUAUGGAAAAUUUUAUAACAGCUUUCUAGUUGUUCUUGGUAAUGAAGCUGACGAGUAUAUUGAGUUUGGAUUUCAAGACAUUCGAAAUUCUCUCAGCAAUUUGUUUCUUCUAGAUGAGGAGACGAAUCUAAAAUACAAGAAAAAUGUAUGAAGUUUGCAAUAAUUUAGAAUCAAAAUGUCAUUUGAGUUAUGCAAUCACUUUCCAGAAGUGUAUGCUUGCGUAUCUCCUCGUUUUCAUGCCUCAACUCCUCAAUAUUCUACAUGAUUUGUUGCAUGGUUGGACCAUCGCCGUCGUUGCUUCUUCUGUUCCUCAUGGUAAUAGGUUUCUCUAGGAGUGAGACUAGAAUUGUGUUUUACUAAGGCCUACAGUAAGUGUUAAUUUGUUCUGGUAAAAAGAUGUAGGCCUUAAACUAAAAACAAAAUAUACAGAGAACUCGUUUGA